AAUUCUCCACCUCUCCAUCUCUCCAUUCGUCUCCUCUCCUAAUCCUCUUCCCCCCACAAAAAUGGAGAUCACCUUCUCCCCGAAACCACAAACCCUACUCCCCUCCAUCAUCCCCUUCCCUUCUCCCUCCUAUUCCUCUUCCUCUUACCUCCUCAUUGGCGUUCGCCACAACCACCACCACCACCUGAGAACCUGUGGACGGCGAUCUCGACACAGGUGCCGCAAAUUAGGGUUCCGGGUUCUUAACGCUAGGUGCUCGCUCCAUGAAUCACUUUCUGAGAGCUCCGUUCAUGUCGUCGCCGCCGCCAUUGCUGCCGCCGCAGCUCUCCAGGUGGCCUACCUCGCUAGGAAGCGGUACUCUUCCGAACUGUUGGAUGCACAGUUCCUUAAGCCUCAGUUUGGCGUUUCUGCGGAUGGUGGGACUAAAGGACUUCAAGCCAGUUGUUCUAUUCCUCCUUUUAUCAUUACCGAUACUGUAGAGGGAGAUAAGCAAGAGGAAGCUGAAACAUUCUCUGAUCUGCCCAAUAUGAUAGCUGAAGAUAACUUUGGUUCUCCUUCUCUAGCAAUGAAUAAGAUACAGAGGGAAAUUACUCAAGACUCUAAUCUAGAGCCUGUGAAUGCUGACAGUGUUGAGUUAGCGAACAAUUAUGAAUAUCUGAAGAAAGUCGCAAAAGAGAUUUAUUCUUGCAAUGAAGAAGAGCCUGAGAUCACUACUAUAUCAUGCUUUAGAAGUUUGAUGCCAGAACCUCUUUAUCUUAUUCAAGACAGCAUUAGCUCCUCUCAAUCAAUGAAUGCACUGAAGGUUUCCAAUAUCUGUGGAGAAGGUUCUCGUUCUAUGGCAGAAGGCCGGUUUCCUCUCGCAUGCUUAAGGGAAGGUCCUGUAGGUAAGGAAAAGAAAAUAGAGAAAGUCCGCGAUUUUACAGAAGGUGAAGGAAGAAGUCUCUCUCAUGGAAAUAACAGUAGAACUGUGUCUAUGUAUCCACAAUCCAACGUAAAAGGCACAAAUGAUCCAUCAGCAUAUUUAAGAACCUACAGUAGCUUGUUGAGGGAUGGAAGGUUGAAGGAUUGUCUAGACUUGCUAGAGAGCAUGGACCGAAAAGGGUUGUUGGACAUGGAAAAGGUUCAUCAGAAAAGCUUUUUGAAUGCCUGCAAGAGUCAAAAGGCUGUAAAAGAAGCAAUCCGGUUUGGCAAAUUGAUUAGGAAUCCAACUAUGAGCACCUUCAACAUGCUAUUGUCUGUGUGUGCAAGCUCACAGGACUUUGAUGGAGCAUUCCAGGUUAUGCUACUGCUAAAGGAGGCUGGGUUGAAACCUGAUUGCAAACUUUAUACCACGCUUAUAUCGACCUGUGCCAAAAGUCGAAAAGUUGAUGCCAUGUUUGAAGUUUUCCAUGAGAUGGUUAAUGCUGGCGUAGAGCCAAAUGCCAAUACAUACGGUGCACUCAUUGAUGGUUGUGCCAGAGCUGGACAAUUGGCAAAAGCAUUUGGUGCUUAUGGAAUCAUGAGAUCCAAGAAAGUGCAGCCUGAUCGAGUUAUUUUCAAUGCCUUGAUCACUGCAUGUGGUGAAUCAGGAGCUGUUCAUCGUGCUUUUGAUGUCUUAGCAGAGAUGAUGGCAGAGCCUAAGCCAAUAGAGCCAGAUCAUGUUACAGUUGGAGCUUUGAUAAAGACAUGUAUUCAGGGUGGCCAGGUUGACCGAGCACGAGAAGUGUAUAAGAUGCUUAAUCACUACAAUAUAAAAGGCACCUCAGAAGUUUACACGAUUGCUGUCAGGAGUUGUAGCUUGAAUGAUGAUCUUGGCUUUGCGCUUAAAAUCUAUGAUGAUAUGAAAAGGAAUGGGGUGACACCUGAUGAGAUGUUUCUUAGCACCAUCGUAGACGUGGCUGGGCAUGCUGGGAAGGUUGAUGCUGCCUUUGAAAUUAUACAAGACGCUAAAAGACAAGGAAUACGAGUUGGAAACAUGUCAUAUAAUUCCUUAAUGGGAGCUUGUUGUAAUGCAAAAAACUGGAAAAAGGCACUGGAGCUGUAUGAGGAGAUCAAAUCAAGCAACAUUCUUCCAACAGUAUCAAUGCUAAAUGCUUUAAUCACCUCCUUAUGCGAUGGUGGCCUGAUCUGGAAGUCUGUUCAGGUUUUCAAUGAAACAAAGAAGUUAGGAGUGCACCCAAAUGACAUCACGUAUUCCGUUCUUAUAGUAGCAUGUGAAAAGAAAGGUGAAGCAGAACUGGGUUUUAAGCUAUUUGAGCAAGCUAAAAUUGAUGGCAUUCGUCUAAGUCUCAUUAUGGUACGCUGCCUCACUGGUUUGUGCCUACAAAGCUUUGAGAACGAAUGCUCACUUGGUAAUACUGUUGUCACGUUCAACUCCGGAAGACCACAAAUUGAUAACAAAUGGACAUCAUUAGCUAUUGCAGUAUAUCGUGAAGCAAUAUCGGCCAGUCUACUGCCUACAAUUGAUGUUAUUUCUCAAGUUUUAGGUUGCUUGAAAUUCCCUCAUGAUUCCUCGUUGAGAAACAAGCUUAUUGAGAACUCGGGGAUCAGCUUUGAUGCCUCAAAAUCCUCGAAUAUAAGUUCAGUGCUUGAUGGAUUUGGGGAGUAUGAUACCCGUUCUUUUUCGAUACUCGAGGAAGCUGCUUCAUUUGGAGUAGUUCCACGAUUAUCCUUUAAAGAAAGCCCGAUUGUUGUCGAUGCUAGGAAACUACAGCUCCAUACCGUUGAGGUUUAUCUUUUGACAACUUUGAAAAGUUUGAAGCAUCGACUAGCUGCAGGCGCGAAAUUACCCAGCAUCACAGUUUUAUUACCAACAGCAAAGGCACAAAUUGGAUUUGUUGAAGGAGAAAAAUCAGUUAACAUAGCUGGAAGGCUUGGUCAAGCAGUUGGUUCGCUCUUAAGGAGAUUGGGGAUUCCUUACCAAGGGGGCGAAUCACACGGAAAAAUAAGAAUAAAUGGUCUUGCCCUAAGGAGAUGGUUCACCCCAAAACUUAGUGGUGGCACAUCUUCUGCCGGAAAACCAGUAGAAAUGAUUCCGAUUGAAACGCGGCUUGCCAAAGGAAUAGCCGAUCAACAACGAAGCAUUCGCAGCACAACGAAUCUCUCUCUUUAUUAGUAAAACCACAAGAAUCUCUCUCCAUAUUAGAGAAACCUCUGCUACCAUCCUGAUAAUUUGCCCUCUUCAAUUAUUCAAAUUUCAUCGGGCGCAUUCUUGGCCCAUUUGGCAGGGGAUAGGUUCUUGUGUGGUUGUCUGUAGUUAUCAGCUAUUUUUCUAGGACUUGUGUUUACUCCUUUGUGGGCAUUGAGAAGCAUAAUGUAUAUGAAAAAAUUAGUCACUUAUCUAUUGCAAUGUAGAGUGGUUUUCUGGUGCCUCGAGUUCUACUACUAAUGCUCACCUGAUGACUGGAGAUAAUUGUAUCUUCCUGGUUAUAUUAUAUUAUAUUAUUUUAUUUUUAGAGAAAUAAAUUUGGAACAUUUUUGGUUCU